AUGACGGCCGUUGAUGUCGCUUCAAAACCAACUGCUCUUGGUGCUCGCUCCCGGGAAGUCGGUCGGUUUGAUCGAUUGGUGCAAGCUCUCAAGGACGCUCUUGGCCCCUCGUCGGGUCUGACUUCGGACGAUAUCGAUGUAAACUUCUUGUCGGACCUAAUGCGAGAUUAUGACAGCUCCGAUCAGGAGUGGUCUAGGUAUGCCUUUGGCGAUUCCAGCCGCGGCUACACUAGAAACCUUGUCGACGAAGGAAACGGGAAAAGCAACCUGCUUGUUCUCGUAUGGUCCCCGGGUAAGGGCAGCCCGAUUCAUGAUCAUGGCAAUGCUCAUUGCCUCAUGAAAAUCUUGCGCGGCAACCUCACGGAGACUCGGUACGAGUUUCCAGAAGUUGCCCAGGGUGAUGGCCCAAUGAAGGUCAUCACCAAGAAGACGUACAAGGAGAACCAAGUGGCGUAUAUGGCAGACGAACUCGGUCUCCAUCGCGUGACCAACGAAGGUAGCGACUUCGCUGUCUCUCUUCAUUUGUACACGCCUCCAAAUGUGGCUAGAGGAGGAUGUCACAUCUUCGACGAGAAGACGGGUCGACGAAGCCAUGUUGCGAGCUGCCAGUACUUCUCAGCAUAUGGUCGUCUGUUGAAGGAAUCUCUUUGA